GUUUCAUUGCCUUGCAUUUAGAGACUACCAACCUAAUGAGGUGGUGGAUAUUUCUCAGGAGUACUCUAAAAGUGAAUGAAAUGACCCUCCCUCCCGACCAGACACACACAGUAUAAAACUCGGGCAAUGUUGGGAAUUUGACAGAGGUGCUUUUGAACAGCGUGGAAAUCCAACUACAGCUAGGUGUUAUAUUAUGUAAGCAAUAUUUUAUUUCCUUUUUUUAAAUUGAAAGUCAAUGAGUAAUUUUGAAAAUGGAAGCUUUUAUGGUUCAUGGGAGUAUCAGUCAAUGAUGGAGUUUCUUUUUUAAUAAAACAUUGUUGGAUAAAUGCUUAUUAUUAUACAGUUUCACUAUUAAUUCUCUUAGUGAUCCAGGAUUCGCUCCAGUGCUGUGAUGCAGCUUACUAUUCUGGCGCUCUGCCUGCUGGCUUGUGUUCAGUCUGGUAUGAAUGCAUACCCAGCAAAGCCUGCAAGUCCCCGGGAGGGCGCACCACCCGAGGAGCUUGCCAAAUACUAUUCUGCACUAAGACACUACAUCAAUCUUAUUACAAGACAGAGGUAUGGGAAAAGAGCUAGUCCAGAUACUGUGUUUUCAGAUGUGCUGGUGAGGGAGAGCACAGAGAGUAUUCCAGGAUCCAGCUAUGUUAGGUAUGAUGAGCUGCCUAUGUGGUGAUGCUGCUGGACCCGUCAUACCCAGGCCGACUUUCCCACAAAGCUGCUGUCAUGUGUGUUACUGCUGACUUGAAAUGAACCUGUGUUGCAUGGAAUAAAUAUUGUGUCAUUCAAGC